AUGGGUCGGCGAGAGUUUGUGAGAGACCUUGAGGCGGCGAAAGAUUCAAGCUUCGAUGGUUUGACCGGUGAGCUCCAGGAGAGAUGCACGGGCCCUAGUAUCUCGCAACGCUAACAUGGCCACCACGGGUAGAUAUUAGGCGGGGUGAGGAUGACGGUAGCUCAAAAUUCACGUUUACUUCCAGGGAUCUUAUCAAUAGGGUUGACAUUACUGUUUUUGUCCCAGGUCGGUCCCCUUCUCCGCCCUCACCUUCACCCAAACUCUAACUGACGGGAGAGUGCAGAUCUGGACGAAUACCCGAGAGCACAUAAAUACGUCAUCUAUGUUACUAGCGAGGACGUGCCCGAGAGCUUCACUUCCUCACUGGAAAGAGUGCAGGACGCCUGCUCCGGGCACAAUCUCCCGCACCUACUGGGGAGGAUCGUGGGAGCGCUAAGCCUCGGCCCGGAUUCCAUGGAUGAGAGCUUAGGUGGUGGGGAUGAGGAUGUGGGGCAGGAAUCCGACCUGGACUGGGAGGAAGAUAUACGAAUUGGUGAUGUCGAUUAUCUCCCUGGCGUUCGUGAAGGCUCCUCCUUCAAAAACUGGGAAGAAGGUGCCCCGACGAAGAGUUUCACUCGAAAAUUAAAGCUCCAGUUGCAGGAGGACCUCCGCCAGGUUCGCGACGCAGGAUUCAGAGUGGGUGUGUUUGGGGAUUUCAAAGGGGAAGUGUUCUACAUCACCAUUAGCAUCCGGAUAUCAAAGUUGGGGAUCUCGGAUGAAGCCCUGGCAGCGUGGCUACUCGAUAAGGACAAAUACUUCAUUGUUAUCAUUCACUACACGAAUCUUUACAAGCCUCUUGAGUGGCUCUUGCAACCGGAGAACCGAAGUCGGGUUGGCCAAGAGAUGCAGAUGUGGGCUGGGCUGUCGACGAGCUAUAAGGCCAGUUUGCAUGAAUGCAUUCGGAUGUUUACCAAAGUUAAAGAUCAUGGUUCUGUUGGACCCGAUGGAGUAAAGGAAGGGGAGGCAGGAGCUUUGCAUUCGUUCUUCAUGAGCGAUGCGAUCACAGAGUUGUUGAACUUGAGGCUCGUCUCCCUAGCCAGGUACCGAAUCCAGGGUAAUUUGGGCUGGGAAGGGGCGGAAUCCCUCCUCAAAGGUAAGCUCGACCAAGGGCAUAUUGCUGCCUCAGCGAUUGACUCGAGUGUAGAUAUCCAGGCAUUCCCCGCUACCUUAGCAAUAGGAUACCAAAAGUACCGCGACAUGCGAUCGGAAUCCAAAACUGCCCUAAAGCCGGUCGUUGCGGCGGAUGCUCUUUCGGGGGGGGGGUUUCGCGGCAUUGGGAGUUCAUUUCCACUGAUAGCAAUGCAAUAUGCCAUCCGGCACCUCGUCCGGUGCACAGAAUUCUGCCUCGUUUGCCACGAUAAGAUCCAGAGCGAUUUCGAGGCCAUGAAACCAUAUGUCUGCGAUUCUCCAUUGUGCCUGUACCAGUACAUGUCUUUGGGAUUCGGCCCUAGAAUUGAGAAUGAGAUACUCACUCAGCCAACGGUUGUGGACUUGUUGGUCAGCUUUUGCUAUACCGCGGCGGCGGCGAUGAGAUUACGGACUUUCCCGACAGGGAUGAAUAUCCAUGUUCCGUCAGAGCCAAAACAUCAGGCGAGAUACCUCGGUUCUGCUAAUCGGGUUGUCUUCUCCGCCUCUUUUGAGCCUCCCAAUGUGAAGGUCGGGGAUUGGAUAUACUUUACCCCGUGUAAAGAUCGCCUGCCUUGCCACCUAAGAGUUGUGGAGGUCUCUUGGCCAGAAGUCCACGUUGGACCACCAGUCGACGUGCCCCAUCCUUCCCACGACCAGCCCUCGGGCUCCCCACCGCCGGGUGCUGUUCCUCCUCUCUCGUCUGAUUUCACACAGGGCUCAGGAUAUGCUGGUUUCGUUUGUAUUCACAACAAAGCAUUUGACGAAGUUAGCCUUCAGAAGAAAUGCUUGGCCAUUACUCGGUUGUUAGAUCUGCUGCCUUCCGUUAGGGAGAUGAGAGCAUGGUUGAAAUCAAAUUCCCUGUCGGGACUCGACGUUGGCUUGAGGGCUUGGGUUGACAGAAUCUUGCCUUCGUCUCUUAAUAUCCUGCGCUGGAUCAUCGCUAGUAACCGCAGUUGUAUUCUCCCGGCCGAUCACGAAUUGGGAGUAGAUGGGCUCCCUGUGGCCAUGCGGAGGAAUGACUCCAGGAUUUUGGGGGUGAAUAAUUGCCUCCAAUUCAGAUUUGCUAUGGGUGCCCCAGAUAAAGAGCAGAGAUUCGUCAAUAGCGUGAAGGAAGCGGGGUCCCGGUUGGACCUGCAGUGUAUAAACCCUUCUUCCAAUUUUAUUCAAAGAUUCAUGUCAUUAAUCGACACAGAUCCUACUCUUUUCGCUUUCCACGGGUCCCCACUGGCAAAUUGGCAUUCGAUCAUCCGCUCCGGCCUUAAUUACGAGUUCAUCGCUAAUGGGAGAGCAUUCGGCCACGGCGUGUACCACAGCUUAGACAUGUCGAUUUCGCUAGGUUAUUCGGGCCAUGUAAUUCCAUCUGCUGUGAUCCGUCAGACCCCCACCCCCCAGCCGGCAGCCGGUACCUCGCGCUACCAGGGAGGGUUCUACGGGCUGGAGACGAGCCACUGGUGGCUGAAAAGUAUCCUGAACAUCAGGAAUGCCGUCUCUUUGAAUGAGAUAGUCAACGCUCCGGGAGAGUUUGUGUCCUCGUCGCCACACCUGGUUGUUGACAAAUUAGAUUGGAUUCAGACGAGAUAUCUGUUCGUCAAGGUUAUUGGAAUAGAUAUUCAAACACCCGCAUCUCCUCUUGGCGACAAAGUGGAGUAUCUUCAACAGGACACUCAGUUUUCCCCAAGGGGGGACUCAGGAAUUAAUUUGCAAAUACCCGCCCUCGGGUCUAAGCGUCGGGAUAGGAGGGUUUCUUCGCCUGUGAGUGCCCCACACGCGCGCCCACUGCCGCGCAGGGGGGUGCGUGUAAUGGCUCCCAGACGGGCCAGAGCACCGAACACUCGGUCAAAAGAUCUAGAAAAUUCCCCACCGAGCUCUCUGGAUGGGGAUGUCCUUGAGGAAGGCACCAUACCCGGCUCUGCCACGAAUGUUAUAGAUGUCGAAAAUGACGACGCUAGAAGUGACAGCACCGAAACUACCGACGUGAUGGCCUACUUCUCGGACGAGGAGGAGGAGGGGGAGGGGGUAGGGGAUAUAGAAAACAAGACCACCCCACUUCAAUGCUCCAACACAGACGCGAUCCUCUUCCGGCCCAACACCCACGAUAUCUCAUCAGGCCUGCUCCUCCCACCUCCAACCUACGCAAGCUCCGCUGGGACUCGCCGUCUAACAGCCGACUUGCACCACCUCCUUUCCCUGCAGAAGAAAUACCCCCUGGAGGAACUCGGCUUCUACAUGAACCCAUCCUCCGUCUCCAAUGUCUACCAAUGGCACAUAGAACUGCAUUCAUUCCCACCAGAAAUUCCUCUAUCCACCGACCUGGCCACCAAAAGCCUCUCUUCCGUUCUCUUGGAAUUCAGAUUCGGCCCCAACUUCCCCAUGUCCCCACCCUUCGUGCGCGUCGUGCGACCCAGAUUCUUGACCCUUGCCGAGGGUGGUGGCGGUCAUGUUACUGCAGGUGGGGCGCUGUGCAUGGAGCUGUUGACCAACUCGGGAUGGUCUGCCGCGAAUAGUAUGGAGAGUGUGCUCUUGCAGGUUCGCAUGGCGAUUUGCUCGGAGGUGAAGCCGGCAAGGCUCGCGCCUGGGGCCGUGAGGGAUUAUGCGGCAGGCGAGGCGAGGGAUGCGUAUCUGAGGGCUUGCCGGGUGCAUGGGUGGGGGGUUCCGCAAGAUUUUUUGACGAUGGUUUAG